UUUACAGUUAUCGAACAACGACAACAACGAAGCGCAAUAAACGGUUGGUUAUUCAGCGAGAUGGACGUGAAAAAAAGUUGUGAAACCCCCAACUCUGAACAACUGAAGGAGUUGUUAAAUUUGCAGGGAAGUCAAUUGUACGCUUCUUCUCUGGAAAAAUUUAAUAAAUCUUUCUAUGAAGAUGUAACAGCCAUGAUUAACAGUUCCGUUCCUACAUUGAUUGAUGGAGAUUCUCUUUUGCUUUACUGUGUUUUACGAGAGAGUCAUCCGAUUAUCUCAGGAAAUCAAUUUUUACAUAUUACAUAUUUAUUUGAAAGAUUCUUAGAUUUAUUAAUUCAAAAAGGAGCUACAUGCAUUCUCGUUUUUUUCAACUUUUGGGAAUUGGUUUGGGAGAAAAAUUUUGCUAUGCGAACAUUGAGAUAUGUUAUUGGCAAUCAUUUCAAAAAUAAUACCAAUAUACCUACUUAUACGUUUUUAUGGUAUUAUAGCCCACAAUUUCUUGAAUUUAAAUCAAGAGAAAAGCCUAGAUGUAUAAUAACAAGUUUGGGUUUUGAUGCCAAUGUUAAAAGUUUUAAUGAAAAGUUACAAAAUGAAAGCAUUUUUGCAAAUGAAGAAUGUGCGCAAAAAUUGUUUAGCGCCAGUUUGGUUUAUUGCAUUGCAAAUGAUUUACCAAUUAUUGAUACUCAUUCUAUUGAUAUUGGGGUUACACUAAUAUAUGCUUUUAAUGUACCACCCAAAAGAUUAUCGAACGAAAUUUGUACAAAAUUUAAGGGAGAAUGCUUAAAUGAAUUGGAUUUGUUGAAACAAAUGUACUCGAAGAUAAUUGGGGUCUCUAUAGACUUAAAAUCUCCGAGGGAGUUGAUUAUCGAAGCAGGAGCUUUGUAUCUUAAACGUUUUAAUGAUCAAAACAAGCUGAGAUUAUUGUUUCUUUAUUAUGCUGUGCAAUUUGCUUUACCAUUAGAAAAUAGAACACCACCUAAGAAAUUGGAGACCAACAAAGAAAUCAUAAAGCAACUACAAGAGUUUAUAAAUAAUUGGCAAGAAUCUUUAUAUAGUGUUUUAUCCAAUAGAACUUUAAAUCAAGAUAAUUUUGAUUAUGAAUUAAUCUCUGAUCUUUGGCAAGGAACAUUAUUUAUGUGUGUAUUACGCUUAACAACUGAUUAUAUAGAGAACAAAACGCAACUGGGAAUGUUACAUACUGAAUAUGAAAACCUUCUAGCUGAUGUGAACUUACGAUUACUGGAACUUGAUCAAAUUAAUCCUUACCCAAUUGAACCAAUUUUUAAUACAAAAUAUUUAGCCGCCGAUAAUGAAGAAACUUCUGGUAAGAUCAGUAUUUUAGUUUUAACGAAUCAGUUAUGUGUAAUGUAGUAUAUUAGUAUUCCCACCUCUGACCAGAAAAAUAAUGUAUACAGGUGUCCCAACAAGAGUAAUAGCUGGAAAUUAUUUUGAAGUUCGUAAUUCUACCGCUAGGAGGUAUAACUGCCAUAGAUAAACAUAAAAUUCCCGCUAUCUAUCAUUUCAUGAUUUUUUAAAAGAUAUUUAUUUUUUAUAUCGGAA